CGGUGACCUCCGACCCCGCGGCUGCGGGGCGGGACGGGGAGGCCUUAGCUCCGGGCGGGCGGCGGCUGCUGCAGCGGGACCCGGGAGCGGGGCCCGGCGCCGCCCGGGCCGCGGGGCGAUGUGAACCCCAAGUGUGUCCCAGAGGGAUCCAGGUGACUUCUCUACAGACUGCUUGGCAUGAUGCCCCACCAAGAACGGGGGGAAUAAAGUGGGGGUCUUUCCCCAUGCCCCUCCCAUGGUCAGCUCCCCAAUGGCCUGGGUAAGGGUGAUCAGGCUCUGACACCAUGGGGAGCUGCUGCAGCUGCCUGAACAGAGACAGCAUCCCAGACAACCACCCCACCAAGUUCAAGGUGACAAAUGUGGAUGACGAGGGGGUGGAGCUGGGCUCUGGGGUGAUGGAGCUGACUCAGAGCGAGCUGGUGCUUCACCUGCAUCGGCGUGAGGCUGUCCGCUGGCCUUACCUUUGCCUGCGGCGGUACGGCUACGAUUCCAACCUCUUUUCCUUUGAGAGUGGCCGCCGGUGUCAGACAGGCCAGGGGAUAUUUGCAUUCAAGUGCUCUCGGGCUGAGGAAAUCUUCAACCUCCUUCAGGAUCUGAUGCAGUGCAACAGCAUCAACGUGAUGGAAGAGCCAGUCAUCAUCACCCGCAACAGCCAUCCGGUGGAGCUCGACCUCGCGCGGGCCUCCCAGCCUCCCAAUGCGCUGGGCUACACCGUCUCCAGCUUCGCCAAUGGUUUCCCUGGCUGCCCAGGAGAGGGCCCCCGAUUCUCAGCACCCCGACGCCCCUCAACGAGCAGCCUGCGACACCCCUCGCUUGGGGAAGAGUCCACCCAUGCCCUCAUUGCCCCGGAUGAGCAGUCCCACACUUAUGUCAACACGCCAGCCAGUGAGGACGAUCAGCGCAGGAGCCGGCACUGCCUGCAGCCCCUGCCCGAGGGUCGGGCGCCCUUCCCCUCACAGGCCCGGGGCCCCGACCAGCGGGACCCGCAGGUGUUCUUGCAGCCGGGCCAGGUGAAGUUCGUGUUGGGCCCGACCCCUGCUCGGCGGCACACGAUGAAGUGCCAGGGCCUCUGCCCCAGCCUUCGUGACCCCCCUCACCACAACAACAAUGAGGGCCCCUCGGAGUGCCCCGCCCAGCCCAAGUGUACCUAUGAGAAUGUCAGCGGGGGGCUGCGGCCGGGAGCUGGCUGGAGACUGAGCCCUGAGGAGCCGGGCUGGAAUGGCCUUGCCCACCGCCGGGCCGCGCUGCUGCACUAUGAGAACCUGCCCUCCCUGCCCCCCGUGUGGGAGAGCCACGCCCAGCAGUUGGGGGAGGAGGCUGGGGAUGACGGGGACUCAAGGGACGGGCUCACUCCCUCCUCCAAUGGCUUCCCUGAUGGCGAGGAGGAUGAAACCCCACUGCAGAAGUCCACCAGCACCCGGGCUGCCCUUCGCAGCCACGGCAGCUUCCCUGUGCCACUGACCCGCCGCCGAGGUUCCCCGAGGGUCUUCAACUUUGAUUUCCGCCGGCCAGGCCCUGAGCCCCCGAGGCAGCUCAACUACAUCCAGGUGGAGCUGAAGGGCUGGGGUGGAGACCGCCCCAAGGGGCCCCAGAGCCCUGCAGUCCCGCAAGCCCCCAUGCCCACCACCCACCCUGCCCGCAGCUCAGACUCCUACGCCGUGAUUGACCUCAAAAAGACCGUGGCCAUGUCCAACCUGCAGAGGGCUCUGCCCCGAGACGAUGGCACCGCCCGGAAAACCCGGCACAACAGCACCGACCUGCCUCUGUAGGGACUUCCUCCGCCUGUCCCGGUCCAGCCUCCGCUUCUCACACCCUUCCUCUGAACCCGCACACCCCGGGGUUCAGGGGUGCUUUGCAGAAGGGCAUUGAGGAGGGACCAGACGCUUCCCUGUGCUGGCCAGAGUCCCCAAAGAUAUCAGCCACUGAGUCGCCUGGUCUCCAAGCUGGGGAGAGGAGAGGGUGACCGAGCGAGGAGGGAGCCAUGACGUAAACUGUGAAGAGUUCCCAUGAUUGCAUUUAGCACCCUCCCGUUGUGUCCAUUUGUCUUGUCUGUCAUCUGUGUAUUGUUUUUGGUUGAAAUUUGGAAACAUUUUGUACCUGUUGAUUUUAUUUAUCAGUUUAUUUUUCUAUUUAUUGUUUCAAAUGUAAUUUAACAUAUUUAUUAUUAAUAUAAUUAUUUUUAAAUUCUG